GUGUGUUUAGUCACGUGACCGUGAAUUCCGCAAACAUGGCGGCAGCCAGCAACGCUUUUGGCAGCUCCGUGAGGAAAAGACGUGUCGACGGCAGUAAGACAGAGACAAAGUCCGCUGACAGCAUCGAAGACAAUGGAGCAGAGCCCAGCAAAGACACAGAAAAGGGAAAGAGAGUUGAGUCGUUACGGACCGGGACUUACUGGCUCACUCGCAUUGUGCUGCUGCGCUCCGUCGCCUUUAUUUACUUCGUGGCGUUCAGCGUUGCCUACAAUCAGAACAAGCAGCUGAUAGGUGAGAAUGGCCUAAUGCCCUGCAAGAACUACCUCAACAGCGUUAAGCGCUACGUGGGGGGUAAGAUAGGCAUGGCUGCUUUCGCGUACACACCCUCCAUCCUCUGGUUGUUAGACUGGAGCAACAUGGAUGCCAACCUGGAUGGCAUUGCCCUGGGGGGGAUGGCGUUGUCAGCAUUUGUCCUAGUGACGGGAAUGGCAAAUAUGGUGAUCAUGGUGACACUGUGGGUGCUUUACCACUCCCUGGUCAACGUGGGACAACUGUGGUACUCCUUUGCAGCUGACAGUGCAGCUUUAAGUCUGCAGACUAAGCUCCUCCAGUUGUUCCAGUUGUUCAUCUAUAAAAGUGGUUGGGAGAGCCAGCUGCUGGAGACAGGGUUUCUGGCCAUUUUCCUGUGUCCCGUGUGGACUCUGUCUCAGGUCCCUCGCCGCUGUCCCCCGUCCCUCAUCUCCAUCUGGACCUUCAGAUGGCUCAUUGUUCGCAUCAUGCUCGGAGCUGGUCUCAUUAAAAUCAGGGGUGACAAAUGCUGGAGAGACCUCACCUGCAUGGACUACCACUACGAGACUCAGCCUGUUCCUAACCCUAUGUCCUACUACAUGCAUCGCUCCCCGUGGUGGUUUCAUCACUUUGAGACGUUGUCCAACCACCUCAUCGAGCUCAUCUUCCCCUUCUUCACCUUCUUGGGAAGGCGGAUGUGCAUGGUCAAUGGAGCAGUCCAGAUCCUGUUCCAGGUGGUUCUGAUCGUGAGUGGGAACCUCAGUUUCCUUAACUGGCUGACCAUUGUUCCCAGUCUGGCUUGUUUUGACGAUGCGUCGCUGGGCUUGUUGUUUCACUCUGGAUGGGGAGCCAAGAAAGUAGUGUUGGAGAUACAAAAUGAGGAUGCAACAGGACGCAGCCCCAAACCCACCAAAGGGAUGCUGACACGUCGGGUGGUGAACAUUGCUUUGGGCUUUCUGAUUGGAUACCUGAGCGUCCCCGUGGUGUUGAACUUGUUUAGUUCCAGACAGGUGAUGAACACCUCCUUCGACCCCCUGCGCAUCGUCAACACCUACGGGGCCUUUGGCAGCAUUACCAAGGAGCGUACAGAGGUAAUUUUCCAGGGCACUCUAAGCCAGGAUCCCAAGGACCCUGAGGCGAUUUGGGAGGAGUACCAGUUCCUGUGUAAGCCAGGAGACAUUUACCGACGGCCAUGCCUUAUAUCGCCGUACCACUACCGACUGGACUGGCUCAUGUGGUUUGCCGCCUUCCAGACCUACGAGCAGAGCGAGUGGGUGAUCCACAUAGCAGGGCGACUGCUGUCCAAUGACAGCACAGUCCUCUCUCUGCUCGACCACAACCCCUUCCAAGGCAGAGAAACUCCCAGGUGGAUUCGAGGGGAACAUUUCAGGUACAAGUUCAGCCAGCCGGGCAGUACCAGCGCAGCACAGGGGAAGUGGUGGCUGAGAAAACGCAUCGGGGCCUACUUCCCACCCGUCAAUCUGGAAGGACUCAGGGGCUACUUCCAGUCAAGGAACUGGCCCCACCCACACAUACCACCUAACAAGAACUAAAGCCGUGACGUCAGACCACAGCACGAGGAGAUCAGAGGACUGUAGGCGAUGAACUUGCAAAGAGGUCACUUCAAAGUCAGUUUCAUUGUGAUUCGUCUGGAGGUGAACACAAGUUUUCACGAAGAACUCCUUGAUAAAACCUGAAAUCAAACAUCCGUCAGUAUUUACCCACAAACGGCUACAAGGUGUCACACAGGGAUGUAUCUGUAUGUCACAAAUAAAUACUGCUCUUUGUAUCUCAUCUCAACUUAAGUGAAGGCUUUAAAAAUGUUAUUCAAGAGUAACUUUGAGUAUGUUACUCUUGAAUAACAUUUUUAAAUUAAAAUGGUUUCAGUUAAAAUUUUGCUUUCCCUCCAUUUUUUCCCCACAGUGAGGAGUGUCACUUAAUCAUGGACACAAUAUUUUGGACAGAUUGAACAUUCUGGGGCUGUUGUUGUGUCACUUAACGUUUGGUUAAUUUUGCUACAGUUUAAAACAAAUUCAGCUAUCAUAUGGGAAAGUAUACCGAUUUAUUUUUGUCAAAUUGAGCCAUACAAACACAAACAUGCUGAAAUUGUUUGGCCUUUACAGAGUUCAGUAAUGGAAUUAAAUGUCCUCCAGUCUUCCUGCUAACUUCA